AUGGGCAAACCAAAGCGCAACGUCCUCGCCGCCGCCGAAGAGACUCUAACACCUCCCACCACCCUCAACCCCAACCAAUCCCUUGUCCGCGUCGUCAAUGCCGAAGGAAACAAUCUGUACACCUGCGAGUUGCCCAACCGCAAGACCGUGCUGCUGGAGCUUGCGCAGCGCUUCCGCAACACAAUCUGGAUAAAGCGUGGCGGCUAUGUGCUGGGCGAGCGAUAUGAAGAAGGCUCAGGCGAUACCCGUGCCCGUGGCGAGAUUGUGAACGUAGUUCGGGACGAGAGGCUCUGGCGAAAGCAGGCCUAUUGGCCCAAGGAAUUCUCCAAAAUCACAAGUCAUCCUGGCGACCACGAAGACGACUCUACGGUCGGAAAGAUGCCGCCGAGCGAUUCUGAAGAAGAAUGA